AUGCCAACGUCAAUGAUUUCGCAAGUUGCUCUCGUCAACAUUGGGCCCUUGACGACAACAUGGACCGCGCCCUCAGCGUGCGCGACGAUAACACAUCCUCCAUAUUUGGCUCAAUCUUACGCGGCCGCGGCUGGCAUACCCUUUUGGGCAGAGGAUUGUGCCUCCCUGACGGAUGACCCUUUCAACGAAUGCGUACCAUCGGCUACGAAGAUGAACGAGGAGUGGGCCUCGCGAAAGGAUAACCCUAUGAUAGACGACGUGGUCUAUUACCACUCACCCGGCAAUAUCUGUCCUUCAAAUUGGACAACUGUGGGCGUUGCUGCCAGAGGCGAUGGGACAUCUUACAGCCUAAGCGGCAUAUAUGCCGAUCCGACAUUCACUCUCAUCCAGUCUGAUAGCACGACAACACACAUCGUAACUCAGUCAGGAGCGAGACCUGGUAUACAGCCAGCAGCCAACAUGUUCAUGUCCGCGAUCGAGCCUCACGAAACCGCUGUAGUCUGCUGCCCAAGCGGAUUCACGGCAAAGGCUCUCGGGUUGGGGUGCUUCUCUUACAUCCCACGAGAACUGUACACUGCAACCACCGGCUGUCAUUGGAUUCUCGACAACGACGUAUACACCCUCAUUGACAACACAUACACAUAUCACGGCCGCACGGCUUAG